AUGAAUCAUUUCCGUCGAUUUGGAAUCACAGUGUUAAAAUGUAAUAAAAUAGCCUUGGAGCCUUCCUUUUUUCUCAACGUUUUCUCAGCCUCAAGGUUUGCCGCUCUGUGCAUUCCUGGACAUCUGAAGCAUAAUUUUCCUUUUUCUUUUGAAGUCUUCGCUCAAAGUUUUUGUGAAUAUGUGAGUGCAGAGAAAAUGGCCGAUCCUUUGCUAUGCCUUCGCAAUAGCACUAUAGGGAUAGCCAUAUGGAAUAUUAUCUACUCUAUUAUUCAAAUGGGUGUUAUGGGCUGGCAAGUAAAGGAAGUACGUGAUCGGCAGUGGGAAUAUGAGGGACGUCAACUUCCAGCUACUGGAGGGUAA